AUGGAGAAGGACCUUUCUUUCACCAAGUCUCGUUUUCAUACAAAUUCUGAAAAAGCUUCAGUGGCCUUGUGUGAAAAUGAGAUAAGGGAAAUAUUCAUGCUAUUCGACACAGAUCACAACUAUGUUCUGAGCAAAGAAGAGCUAGAGAAUGCUUUCGUAUACCUUGGUGCAAUGAUCCCUGCGUUAAGAGCCUGGCGUGGGAUCAACCAUGCAGAUACUAAUAGAAAUGGACAAGUAGAAUUUGGCGAUGAGUUGGAUAAGCUUGUCAAAGCUUCAGUGACCUUGAGUGAACAUCAGUUAAGGGAAAUAUUUAUGCAAUUCGACGAAGAUCACGACAAUGUUCUGAGCGAAGAAGAGGUAAAGAAAGCUUUCACAUACCUUGGUUCAAGGAUCCCUGACUUUAGAACCCUUCGUGGGUUCAACCAUGCAGAUGUCAAUGGAAAUGGAAAAAUAGAAUUUGGCGAUGAGUUGGAUAAGCUUGUCAAAUAUGCUUUUAAACUUGGCUACACUGUUAUGUAG